GACGCGUCCAGCUGAGUGACCAGUCACUCAGUCACAUCAGAAGUUAACAUUCAGCAGUUAAUCAGGGGUUAACAUGAACAUAUCCGGAUCAGUCUAUCCCAAUAUAUAUUCAUGAGCUAAAGCUGAGCAUUGCUCAAACACAAGUUUUUGCAUCGUGUUGUGGUGUUCCAAGCAUUGUCUACAAUCCAUCAUCAGUGGAAACUCCUCUAACAAUUCAAUUUAGCUCCUCAAGAUCACCAAGAGCACAAUGUCACUCAAACGGAAAGCGGCCGGGGCUGUUGAAGAGGCAGCAAAGAAAUCCAAGCCUUCAGGAACCAUUACUUCAUUCUUCAAGCGAAAUGCUGCACCAAGCACAACUACCAAUGGCACUGCUAAAGUUGCGGCGGCAGAAGGACCUGCUCCAAAGUUCGACAAAACAGCCUGGGUCGCCAAGCUCACCGACGAGCAAAAGGAAUUGCUGGCGCUGGAGAUUGCAACGCUCCAUGAAAGUUGGCUGGCACACCUGAAGGAUGAGGUGACAAGCAAGGAAUUUCUGGAACUGAAGAAAUUCCUCAAGAACGAGGUGCAGAGCGGGAAGCAAGUCUUCCCUCCCAGCUCUGAUGUGUAUAGCUGGUCCCGUCAUACGCCCCUCAAUACCGUCAAGGCCGUGAUCCUCGGUCAAGAUCCCUAUCACAACGUCAACCAAGCCCACGGUCUCUGCUUCUCCGUCCGACCUCCCACCCCCGCCCCUCCAUCCCUCAAGAACAUCUACAAAGCGCUGGCGAUCGAUUAUCCCGAUUUUGUUCCUCCUCCGAACAGAGGUGGACUACUAACUCCGUGGGCGGACCGUGGCGUCCUCCUGCUGAAUACCUGCCUCACCGUUCGCGCUCACGAUGCCAAUAGCCAUGCCGGCCGAGGCUGGGAACGAUUCACGCAAAAGGUGAUCGACACCGUCGUCAAGGUGCGCACGCGAGGGGUGGUGUUCCUAGCAUGGGGGAACCCAGCCCAGAAGCGGUGUGCGGGAAUUAGUGGAUCGAAGCAUUUGGUUUUGAAGAGCGUGCAUCCGAGUCCCUUGAGUGCUUCUCGAGGCUUCUUCGAGUGUGGGCAUUUCAAAAAGACGAACGAAUGGCUUCGGGAACGAUAUGGCGAAGAUGGUGAGAUCAACUGGAAUCUGGACGUUCCGCCUGAGGAAGCUGGAGUUUAGGCUGGAAUCCGUGCCUUUUCGGUGUUCUUUUCGGUUUUAAUAUUGGGGGCGCUACGGCUAUGAACUUUCAGAUUGUUACUUGUGAUCCCGUUGCACAAGUAUCUGGAUAAAUUGGCGCCGCGGUGAACCAAGGGUUUGGCGUACAGCACGAUUCUACGUACCUAUUCAGAGCUCGUGAAUCAAGGAUUCCCCCGUGUCACCCAAUUUUGACAUGUUGCAGUAGUUCAGUGAUCUUUAUACCUGAAUCGCUCCUGUCAUUUAGCCCUAUGGGAUCUGCC